CAUCACACCCCCUGCCCACAUCUCCAGACCACCCUGCAGCCUGCAUCCAUGUGCAGCAGAGCCGGAGCCCUGGCAGGAGCUGGGCAGAGCAGCUCAGGCUGAGCCUGUGGACACGGAUGCUGGAGCCACCCAGAGAGAAGGCUGGCACACAGGGGCCUGGCCUAUCCAGGAGCCCCAUGAUCCUCCCUGCCCAGGACCUGCCAGGCUCUGCCAGCUCUGGUCAAUGCCAGAAAACAUCUGGGCCCUGGUCAGCUGGACAUUUCUCUUCUGUCUGAGUGAGAGCAGUCUGUUUCCAGCAGUGGCCAUCCCGUCCAGAACAGAGACGGCCCGCCCAGCAGCCCUUGUGGGGGCCUUUGAGGCUCCACCUGCCUGGCAGCCCUGGAGCCUUCGCCUGGGCUACUCAGAAGCUUCAGCCACAGUCAUGCCCCUAGCUCCCAGGAGUCUCGUCUCUGUGGACUUCACACGCAUCUCUCCCAGCUGCCCCCCACAAGCAAAGCGGCUGCCAGCAGAUCCAUGCCACCCUCUAGGAGGCCCACCAGGACUGCGCCCCGGUGCCUCUGCACUCUCUCUCCAGCUGGACCCUGGCCCCGGGUGGCCAAGAAGGAGGAAAGGAAGGASCAGCAGGAAGGACCACAGGCCCUCUGGGCUGAAACAUAACCGGGGGCCUCAGAGCAGGGGAGGCCUGUGGGGCGCUGGGGAAAUCGAAGCCGACCCUGACCAGUGUGUACAGGCCCCUGCAGCCUCCGUCCUGGAGGAAGCCCUAGUGCACAGCUGCCCGCCGCCUGAGCCUCUGCUGCCCUGGGUGGGAGGCUGCCCUGRGUCCGGAAGGCUCAGCCUCCUGGUGGGUUUUCUCAGGAAGCUGCUUGACAGCACAGGUCACCACCUAAGCCCAAAACUCCAGGCGAAAGUCCUUUGACCCUCUCAACACGGAGCCAUCCUUUCCCCUGAGACACCACCCCGGGAUGUCCCCUGAGACAGGGGGUAGGGUCCCUGUGGCCCCCAGGAGGGGCAUCCAGACCCACUUCAGGGAGAGGGCCAUAAUCAGCCUCAUGGACAGAGUGUGAGCGCACGGCCAAGCAGGCAGGCCCUGGGGCCCAGGGCCACUCUCCCCCUGGCCUCCGAAUUUUCUCAGAUCGCAUCUCCCAUCAGGACAGGUGGGAGUGUCUCCGGCUGUGCUGGGAGGAGGUGAGGAUUCUGUGCUCCUCUCCAGUGCUCCCGGACCCACGUGCCAGCGGCCACCUCCAUUUCCACCUCUGUGAGCCCUGCCCCCACUGCCCCCGGGAGAUGCAGCGGGGGUGUCAGGGGAGCCCUGCAGGCCAGGCAUGGGUGCCGGGGAACCCUGGUGGAGUGCCUGAUGCCCCUCUUCCCACAUGGCGGGGUCCUUUCUGGGUCCCAACCCUCCCUUCCUACCAGGAUCCCCCAUGUCCCUCUCCCUCCCCACCAAGCAGAGCUUCCCCCUGAUCUGGGGAAGGGUUCUGGUGUUGGGGUCCAGGACACCUGCAGCCCACACGGAUGCUCCUGAGGGGGUGGGGCCAGGCCAGGGCCUCUGUCCAGGCAGAGCUAGGGACGUCACCUGCUCGUCUGUGCAGACUUGGUGAAGCUGCACGGAGAGCAGGUUUGGGACAGAGGACUCUUGCUUCAAGUGCCUGAAGGACAUGCCCUUUGAGCCACCAGGGUCCCCCUUGCUGGGUGGAGCCCUGCCCCUCCUCCUUCCCUGGGGCUCACUGAAGCCCCCUUGGAGGGGGCUGCCUCCAAGGCAAACUGGGGGGCCCCUGGGACUGUCCUGUCCAGGUCACCUGGGAUAGACCCUGGCAGGGCCCUGCCUCCUCAUCACCAGCCCCAGAAGCUUGGGCUCCCUCCAGCAGAGGCCAAGUUCUCAGCUUCUCCCUGCACUUGGCCUCRGCCUCCCGCCUCCUCCCAAAGGGCCCUGGGAAGGGCGCAGGCCCUGGCUCCCUUGAUCUUUAGCACGAGCUCCCCACCUGCUUGGCCUAGAGGGCUCCUGGGGUCUCCCCUCCCAGGGCUGCCCCUGGCAUGUCCUCUGGAAGCCGCAGUUGGUCUGCUUCUUGUCACUGCCCUGUGAAUAUUCAUUCUGGGAUUGUUACAAAGGUACUUAAAAAACAAGUUCACUUGGAUAAGGAUCUGAACUGCUGCCAGGCACAGCUGCCGGAGGAGCCYGCGAGGAUGGGGGCAGGACACCCUUCCCAGGGCCCACGCGGGCCCUCUCUGGGGUUUUGUUUAAUUUGGGAUGCGUUUCUGUUCCCUGCGUAUAACAUCUAUAAAUGUCACAGCGUGCUUGAGCUAUGAGGGGGUCUGAGCCCUCCCCUAGGUAGACACCAGAGGGCCGCUGGGCCAAGCCCCGAGUCCUGGGCAGGGACAUCCCAAUGCUGCCCGUCUCUGCAGGCAGCUGCUUCUGCAGCCCGUGUGCAGUCUGGGGGCCUGAGCUGCCUUGUCCUGAGUUGUCAUGGUGCCAGUCUUGAUCUCCAUCUCCAAAACCUCAAUCAGCAUAAGGAUGUGUCCCCAGGGCCAUCUGAAGAUCUGGGUCUGAGGUGGAGGCCACCCCGUGCAGCUGUCUUCCUGCCACCUGGGGUUCAAUAGUUGGGUGGUGUGCUUGCUGUGAGGAGAUGGUCACUACCCCAGAGAGGCUGUGGGAGGGCACAGCAGUGCCCAGCCAUAGGUGGGGGAGCCUCAGAGUGCUGGGGARAGGUCACAGACCCAGAAGGUGCCACGGACCCUCUGCCGGUGUCAGGCCCCAGGUUGAGCACUUCCUGCAGCACUGCAUCCCACGCUCAGCAGUGCUGCCUGGCAUGGGCCAAGGGAACACCACCCUGUGCAGACGUUCCCCGUGGAGGGGUGAUGAGGAGGGUUUCCACAGUGUGCAAGAAGAGGACCAGGCCUGGCUGCAGCCAGUUCCCACUUCACCACCUGGGGAUCUGCUCCCCCUGGUGUGCUCUGCCUGCAGCCCAGUCACCCUGGACAUCCCACUAUCUCAGUCAGCUUUUCCUCACCGUGACCAAAAUACCCCUAAAUAGGAGGGAAACAGCCUCAGUCCACAGUCCAGGGCUCUGGGCCCAGGGUGCACACCAUGGGGGAGGGGCCCAGCAGAGGGGAGCUGCCCCCUCCAUGCAGCCAGCAAGCAGAGAGAGGGGGAAGGGGCCGCAGGCAAGAUGCGCCUUCCAGGGCAGCCCCAUGACCACCUCCCACCACGCCCACCUGCAGUCACCACCCAUCAGUCCACUCCAGCCAGGURGGCUGCUGAGGUCGCAGCYCUCAGUCCAGCUGUGUCACCUCUGAACUCUGUGCACCAGCACAGGGGCACUGGGGGCCUCCUAAUAUCCAAACCAUGACAUUGUGCCCCUGGCUCCUAAAAGCUAAUGCCCAUCUCAAGAGCAGAAUGCAUUCAGUCAAUCCUGACAAGUCCCAAAUCUUAACAUUCCAGCAUUACUCAGUCUCCUCCGAGACUCAAGGCGAACUCCCAGCAUGAGCCCUGUAAAAAUAAAAAACAGAUUCAUGUGUUCAAAAUACAGUGGCA